AUGGCCGACGGUAAAGCUGCACAAGCUCAGCUACAAACCAGCAACUGGGAAGCAGAAUUCCGUCACAAAUUUGACACCAUGUGCCAACAGUAUUGGAGAGGCUGGGAGGAGCGGCGGAUACCACCAAAGCCUGCAUCCAUGGAGCAACCUCCAGGCAGAGCUCUGGUUUGGUGCCCUUCUCCCCAACUGGCUUCAAAACACAAACAAGCUCGACGACACCCACAUCCAAGCAAAGAACCCUCCAAGCAGCGGUCCGGAUCACAGUCCUCUAGAAGGUGA